CAGGAACCCAAUACAGCUGCAUGCUUCUGCGCCAAUGUGAAGCGAAAUAACGAGGACAUUUGUGUUUAUACAAACUAAGCGACCCACGGGUAGCCUUACACUUUAAUAUAAAGAGAUAUAAUUUUGGCUUUGCUUUUGAGUACGUUGGAGGGAGUUAAGACAAGGCUGUUAGCUCCAGUACACACCACGCAUCGCCUUCCUGAGAGAGAAAACGGACACGGUCAGUGAUGAUCGCUGGCGGCUAGAGACCUGCGGCCCGAGGAUGACAGCUUCAGAUUCGGAUUGCUCCAUUGACUGGCUGGCGAGCGACGAUGAGGACAGCAGCUGCGGCGACGUCGCCUCCGAGUCAGACUGCAGGCGGAAAGCGGCGGGGGCGGGGCGGGCCACGCCCAAACCUGAGCCCGAGCCUUCGGGGGCGGAGCCCCGCGGCGCGAGCGCCCAGCGCCGCGCCGCUGCGAGGGAGGGGGCCGACGACCCCGACUGCGCCCAGUCCUGGGACCGGCCCUCAGGAAGGCAGGAGCCGCAGACCGCGCCCGCGUGCCGCUCAGGCCAGAAGAGGCCCUGCUGCCAGGGGGCGCCAGAGCCCAGGGGGAAGCCGCUGGAGGCAGAGGCGGACAAGCUGUUACAUUACAAGUGCAGGGAACUGCAGUGUUACAUCCUUCCACUGACCUCCAUUCUCAACGGUCUCCAGUCUGGAAGAUACAGAGAACGUCUCAGCAGUUUCCAGGAGAGCGUUGCAAUGGACAGGAUCCGGCGAAUAUUAGGGGUCCUGCAGAAUCCGUGUAUGGGUGAACGCUACAUCAACAUCAUUCUGAAAGUGGAGGUGAUGCUGAAGACCUGGUUCCCAAAUGUGAAGCCCGUAGACCAGCAGGCUGGAGGCCAUGAACAGGACGCCAUGCCCUCCAAGAGGCAGAAGAUCUCUCCAGUCAACAUGGCCCCUUCCAUCUCCGCUUCAGUCCCAGCAUCCCACUGUGCCCUCCCCUCCAACAGCAAGGCCCAGCAGGCGAGCGAGGCCACCGCGCCGGGCGCACACUCCGCCACAAACCUCAAGUGGCUCCACACGUCUCCCAUCUGCUCCCCCGCAGAGGAGCCCAGCACGAGGGCGCCACGGCAACGGGCCACGCCCAGGGCGAGGGCUGUCACCCAGGACAACGCUGUUUCCUCCAGCACGGACCCUGAUCCCGAAGGUGACCCGGCCCCCAACCAUAAGGCCUGCCCCCUGCCACCCCAGAGCCAGCCCCCUUCUGGAAAAAUCAGUGCCCCCUGUUUGGAGAGACUGCUGAAGUCCACAGAGAGCAUUGUCACUCGCAGGGGUGUAGGGGGUGCCGUGGAGAGCGGCUGGUCAUAGUACAGCGCAACAAGGAGGGGAGGGGGGUCUGGAGCCAGUCCAUUUGGGAAACAAAUCCAUUCCAGCCUUUAGGGAGGGCAGAGGUCGCACUGUUUUUGGCAUCAAGGAUGAACGACAGAGCCUCAACAGUCUGUAGUGAAUAAAUGGUGAAUUCUAUUCUGUACUCACGCCUGUUCAUGUUGGUUGUUGGUGCCCCUUUUGAGUUUUUGCUGGUUGCCGUGUACUUUGGACUUUUUUUUGGAGUCACCACCUGUGUAAGUGGCUGCCAAUCUACCCCAGGAGCAUUGCUUUAAGUUAAAAAUGUACGUAUUCUCCAUGGCAACAAGGCUGCUCCAGGCUCUGGACAGUUGUUAUACAGGAUUGAUAUCUGUGGGGAAAUGAAAAGAAGCAGCCAUUACUUAAAAAAGGGAAUGGGACGUGUGAAUAAUUUGGGAACACACAAAAUUAGGGGAGGGGGAGGGAGUUGUGUCCAUUAUACAGAUUUCUAGAUGUGUAUGCGUGUGUAAAAUAUGUUUGUGAGUGAUUUUUUUUUUUUUUUUUUUUAAACUUCAGUUCAAUUUAUAUGUAUAGCAAUUUUUACGGAGACACUGUCCGAAAGAUGCUUUACAGAAAAACAGAAAAUAAUUCAGCUAUUAGUUGAGUUUGAUGUGACUGUUACUCCAUUGAUGUAUGUUGUCGUUGAAGUUUUGACGCAACACUACUACCUCAGGGUAAAGCAGUGUCAUGGUUACUUCUAAAUUACAAAAGAACCACAAAGUGAAGGCUCCCCCAGCUGGUGCCAGUGGUGAGCCAGGCUGGCUCAGAUGGACGGGGCUCAUGCAGGUUGUUCCGCUUGUGCAACCAGGAGCAGGUGCAACCUUGACGUGACCCGGGAAUGCCAGCUGGCGGCAUAUUAAAGAAUGUGAACUGCCGACUUCUUUUUUUUUUCUUUUUUGGCUAAGGCAACCAGUGCCCGUCAAUCUGUGCCUGUCAGUUGAUUGGAUGAAAAAGGGCACCAUCUUGGGUGGGGAAUAAAAUUGUAACUCCCUGAAGUGCAGUAUGCAAAGUACUACUUCCUGAAUGGCAGUGUGCAAAAUCCAGAAAACCUACAGGCCUUCCUCUGCCCCCUUCCUGUAUCAGUAAAUUAUUAACUCUGCCAGUUGUAUUCAGAGGGCUCAACUGUAACAGCAGAAAAUGUAUAAUGCGUAAUUCAGACCAAGGAAGGAUUCGGGGGGUGGGGGAAGUGCGGGGGGUAAUGACCUUGUGUAAAUUUGAACAAGAUUGCAGGUUGUUAAUCAAACCCUACAAAAAGUGGCCUUUUUAGUGUGACAUUUUAUACUUUCAAAAAUAAACGUGGUUAUAUUUGUUUGGCGUAAAA